UAGCAAAUAUUCUCGUGCUGAAGGUUUUCUGAGAGAAAUAUCCAUUUGCUUGUACUUCUGCGUCUAGAGAGAGAAAGAAGAAAGGAGGCAACAUUGGAAAAAUAACCUCUCAAAAAGGAAAAGAACAGGAGCCUGGUUCCUGAUAUGUACCAAAGGAAGCAGCAGCAAGGCUGGAAAAAGACUGGGGGAGAUGGAAACCUGACUUCAACUCAGAAGUUUAUGAAUCAGGACUUCGUUGAUCUAAGAGACCGCUGCCUGAGUCGUGGCAUACGUUUUGAGGAUGAUACUUUCCCUGCACUUAUCAGUUCCAUUGGGCCUCACCUCCUGUCAGAAGACAAAUUGCAUCAAAUACAGUGGAUGAGGCCAACUGACAUACUAGAAAACCCCAAGUUAAUUGUGGAUGGUGUGAGCAGAUUUGAUAUUCUCCAAGGGGAAAUAGGUGACUGCUGGUUCCUAGCAGCCCUGGGCUCUUUGACACUGCAGCAGCGGUUCCUGGAAAAUGUUCUUCCAAAAGACCAAGACUUCAAACACAAUUAUGCAGGAAUUUUUCAUUUUCGGUUCUGGCAUUUUGGAGACUGGAUGGAUGUGGUGAUUGAUGACCGACUGCCAUUUCUCAAUGGGAGUUACUUGUCAGUCCAUCCACGUAACACAAAUGAAUUCUGGCCAUCUCUGCUUGAAAAAGCCUAUGCCAAGCUGCGUGGCUCUUAUCAGAACUUGCACUGGGGCUACAUUUCAGAUGCAUUAGUGGAUUUUACAGGUGGAGUCCAAGUCUCUUUUGACCUUCGGAGGCCCAGUUCUCAUUUGCACAAGAUCAUAAAAGCAGCUGUUACGACAGGAUGCCUGAUAGGAUGCACGACUCCUGGAAUGCAAUCAACGGGUAACAUAGAACUGAAGAAUGGGAUUGUGUUGGGUCAUGCAUACACUGUGACAUGGGCUGCAGAGGUUCCGUACAAGGACAGGAAGGAAUGUUUGAUCAGAAUAUGGAAUCCCUGGGGCCGUGGGGAAUGGAGAGGACCUUGGAGUGAUGGUUCAGUGGAGUGGGAUCGAGUUCCAGCUGAAUAUAAAAACUACCUCCAUCAGAACAAAAAUGAUGGUGAAUUCUGGUUAUCACAUCAAGAUUUCAUUGACAACUUUUCCUCCGUGUGUAUCUGCAAUAAUGUGCCUACAUUCCUGAACUAUGGACAGUACAAGAAUGAAAUAUGGUCCUUGGAUAUGCAUAUCAUCCAAUGGCCCCAAGGAUCCUUUGCAAGAGGAAACUCUGGUCACCUGUUUAGAAUUGCUGAGUAUCCCAUCCAGGUCCCAGAGCCUGAUCUGAAAAUCAAUAAUGCUGUGAUAUCACUGAUGCAAAAGUCUCCAAAUAAUGCACGCAAUUCACAAUUACUGCCCAUUGGUUUCGUGUUAUCCACGGGGGAAACUAGGUCUCAAGAAAUAAACACGGGGUUUCAGCAAGCAAGAGAGAUUGUGAACUACUUUUCUUUGAAUCCUGGGAACUACACAGUUAUUCCAGCUACAUCACAAGAAGGCCAAGAGUCUGAAUUCCUUCUACGAAUUUUCCAGAGGACUCAAAAUAAUAACAGGGAGUCAGAUGCUAAUCUCAAUCCAGUGGUGCAAAAGGAUAUGCCCAGGUGGAAUCGAGACAACUCUUAUGAAGAAGUCUUUCAAAGAUAUGCUUAUCAGAGUUCCUACCUGGAUGCCUCACAAUUGCAAAGGAUCCUUAAUGAUGUAUUCCUGAAAGAUCUAAUGGCCAGUCUGGGAAGCGGAGAUAGAUUCAGCUUCGAUUCAUGCAGGAGCCUUUUAGCUCUGAUGGAUUUUCAUGCUAAUGGAAGACUCAUACUGCAAGAGUUUGAACCACUAUGGAAGUAUCUCAACAAGUACAAGGACAUUUUUAGAUGGGAAGAUAAAAAUAAAUCUGGAUUCCUGGAUAUUUCCAGUUUGAGAAGAGUAAUACAGGUGGCAGGCCUGAGUUUUGAUGAGAAAUUUCUCCAACUAAUGACAGUAAGAUACGGUGACUCCUCAAUGCGACUCAGCUUUCCUGAUUUUGCAUGUUGUAUGAUUCGUCUUGAGACCAUGGCAAAGGCCUUUCGCAAUUUAUCUGCAAAUGGGAGACAAAUCUCUUUCUCUGAAAAUCAGUGGAUGACAAUAAUCAUGUAUUGCUAAGGUAGUGAUCUGGCUCUAUCAAUGCUGGGCUGUAGCAUACAACAUAAAUUCCUAGAGAAGUUUUGAAAACAACUGUAAAAACAAGGCACAGCUGGUUGAGAUCCUGUGGACUUAAGUGAAAAGAAAUUUAACAUUCUAGUAAUAGAAAGAACCAUUCAUGAACUUCUAACAGCCUGGACAUAAUUUGGAGAAAGGUGAAGUAAAUAAAGAUGGAGAAAUGGAGAAAGAUUGAGUAAAGCUAUCUAUGGAGGUCGGUGAUGAAACGGUAGAAAGAGAAUGUCUGCUUCAUAUCCUUUACAAAUGAUUGCCAGCUCUGAAUUGAAAAAUAACUGGAGAUUUUGGGGGUGGAGCCUAAGUUGACAAGGUUUGGGAAAAGGGGGGACUUCAGUGGGGUGUAGUGCCAUAGAGUCCACCUUCCAAAGCAGCCAUUUUCUCCUGGAGGACUGAUCUUUGUCACCCAGAGAUCAGUUGUAAUCUUAGGAGCUCUCUGGCUACUAUCUGGAUGUGGGCAACCCUAAACAUUCUGACAAGAGUAAAAGUAUCCAUUUCUAAGUUCUACUGAUGAUAUAUUCUACAGCCAAAGUCGCUUACAGUCUGUGAAGUCUGUGCUCUUAAAAUGUGUUAGAUUUUCUUAAAAAUUGAAAUUGUAACCUGUUUGGGGAGAAUCCUGGAGGGACUGAAAAGUUGGGUAGAAAUGUAAUAGAUUGUUUUCAAGAUGCUACUAGGUUUGAAAUUUCAAAAUUCUCAUUUGAAAUUGUGAAUAACUAAAAUAAAUGAAUGUUUUUCUCUUGA